AUGGUGCAAAUAUGGUCUCUAAUUGCGGGGAGUCUUCCUGGUCGGACUGACAACGAGGUGAAGAACUAUUGGAAUACACAUUUGAACAAGAAAAUUUGCAGUGUUUUAGGCAAAAGAAAAUCCAUUCAUCACAACAACAACAACAAUCGUUCGAUUGAUGAGAAUCAAGAGGGCAAUAAUUCUGAGCCGCCGAUCAUCUCGAGUCCAAAAACGACGACGGAUUUUGACGAAGGAUCAAUGGAUUUGGAUGAUGAGAAGAUGAUGAUGAUGAAGGAAGAAGAUAUGAUCCAUGGCUUUACGGAUAACGCGUGGAUGGAGGGAGCAGUUGAGUGCUUCAACUAUGACGAUUACUCCCAGGUGGAAGCUCCGAUGAUGAUGAUGAUGAUGAUGAACCUCAAUUCUUCAGAUUUGGUGUUCGAUGAGGAGCCCUUCACGCCUUGCCUCGAUUCUUUUCGAUGCAUUCUGAGGUCCGAACCCAAUCCUUCUUGCUUUGGAGCGCAUGAAGAAGGGCAAGUGGGGAUUAUAAUUUUAACUUAA